CCCUGGUCCCCGCUACCCCGCAGUCGCAGGAAGAACAGGGCCUUCCCCAAGCCACUGGAGCAGGGUCCGUGAUGGAGUCCGCGGCCCCGGGUCGAUCCCCGCCCUGAGUCCCUCGGACAGCCAUGCUGCCCCGAGGGCGCCCCCGGGCACUGGGGGCCGCCACGCUGCUGCUGCUGCUGCUGGUAGUGGUUGGCUUCUUCCUGUUCGGCCGAGACCCCGAGUAUGGACUACGGGCAGCUGCCACCUUCGAUGGAGACCCGAACGGGAGCCGCAACCGCUCCGCCUCUGGCCUGCAGUCUCUACUGCCACCCAAGUGCGAGCUGUUGCAUGUGGCCAUCGUGUGUGCGGGAUACAACUCCAGCCGAGAGGUCAUCACCCUCGUCAAGUCUGUGCUAUUCUACAGGAAAAAUCCGCUGCACCUCCACCUGGUAACCGAUGCUGUAGCUAGAAACAUCCUGGAGACGCUCUUCCGAACAUGGAUGGUGCCGGCUGUGGUGAUCAGAUUCUAUGAUGCUGGAGAGCUCAAGCCCGUGAUCUCCUGGAUCCCCAACACGCACUACUCUGGCCUAUAUGGGCUAAUGAAGCUAGUACUUCCCAGCGUCCUGCCUCUCAGCCUGGCUCGAGUCAUUGUCCUGGACACUGACGUCACCUUCUCCUCUGACAUUGCGGAGCUAUGGACACUCUUUGCUCACUUUUCUGACAAGCAGGUGGUCGGUCUCGUGGAAAACCAGAGCGACUGGUACCUGGGCAACCUCUGGAAGAACCAUAGGCCCUGGCCUGCCUUGGGCAGGGGAUUUAACACAGGUGUGAUCCUGCUGUGGCUGGACAGACUUCGGCAAACUGGCUGGGAGCAGAUGUGGACACUGAUGGCCAAACGGCAGCUCCUUACUCUGACAGCCACGUCUCUGGCUGACCAGGAUAUUUUCAAUGCUGUCAUCAAGGAGCAUCCCGAGCUGGUGCAUCCCCUGCCCUGUGUCUGGAAUGUGCAGCUGUCGGACCACACACUGGCUGAGCGCUGCUACUUGGAAGCAGCUGACCUCAAGGUGAUCCACUGGAAUUCACCAAAGAAGCUUCGAGUGAAGAACAAGCAUGCAGAAUUCUUCCGAAACCUGCACUUGACCUUCCUGGGGUAUGAUGGGAAACUGCUGAGGAGAGAGCUCUUUGGAUGCCCCAACCAGCUCCCUCCUGGGGCUGAGCAGUUGCAACAGGCCCUGGCACAGCUGGAUGAGGAGGAGCCCUGCUUUGAAUUCCGGCAACAGCAGCUCACUGUACAUCGUGUGCAUAUCACCUUCCUGCCCCACCAGCCGCCGCCUCCCCGGCCUCACGAUGUCACCUUGGUGGCCCAGCUCUCUAUGGACCGGCUGCAGAUGCUGGAAGCCCUGUGCAGGCACUGGUCAGGCCCCAUGAGCCUGGCCUUGUACCUGACAGAUGCAGAGGCUCAGCAGUUCCUGCAUUUCGUGGAAACUUCGCCAGUGCUCUCUGCGAGGAAGGAUGUAGCCUACCACAUAGUGUACCGGGAAGGUCCCCUCUAUCCAGUCAACCAGCUCCGCAAUGUGGCCUUGGCCCAGGCUCUCACGCCCUACGUCUUCCUCAGUGACAUCGACUUCUUACCUGCCUACUCCCUCUAUGACUACCUCAGGGCCUCAAUCGAGCAGCUAGAGCUGGGCAGUCGGCGGAAGGCUGCUUUAGUGGUACCUGUAUUUGAGACCCUGCACUACCGCUUCGGCUUCCCUAACUCCAAGGCAGAGCUGUUGACCUUACUGGAUGCAGGCUCUCUCCACAUCUUUAGGUACCAUGAAUGGCCACAGGGUCAUGCGCCCACAGACUAUGCCCACUGGCGGGAGGCCCAGGCACCAUACCAUGUGCAAUGGGCAGCUGACUAUGAGCCCUAUGUGGUGGUGGCCCGUGACUGUCCCCGAUAUGAUCCUCGCUUUGUGGGCUUUGGCUGGAAUAAGGUGGCCCACAUCAUAGAGCUGGAUGCUCAGGAAUAUGAAUUCCUGGUACUGCCUGAGGCCUUCUCCAUCCACUUGCCCCACGCUCCAAGCCUGGACAUCUCCCGCUUCCGCUCCAGCCCCACCUAUCGGGGCUGUCUCCAGGCCCUCAAGGAGGAGUUCCACCAGGACUUAUCACGGCGCUAUGGGGCUGCAGCCCUGAAAUACCUCACUGCCCUGCAGCAGUCCCAAACCCGGGCCUGAGCUUGCCAAGCUGCCCCUGGCCAAGGCUCUCACACACACACACACACAUUCCUGGAAGAUACUGGAGAACCCUGGUGGAUGCCCACCCUUACUGCUAUUUAAAUUAUUUAAGGUUUUUGUUAGAGGGGCUGGGGUGGAGCAUCUGUGGGGUUCCUGGUUGGUUUCUUUGUUGGGGUUCAGCCCUUCUUUGCCCCAGCUGGUUUGGGGCUAGUUCCCCCAAUCCCCUUUCAUAAUAAAAAAAAUUUUAAAUUGGGUUUUUUCAUUUUA